AUGUCGCGCCAUCGCGUCAAGGCUGUCAGCUACGAUGAUGAGGAUGACUAUGACGACGGCUACUACUCCCCCGACCCCGAAGAGCAGGAGUUUCGAGAGCAGUGCACCACCGAGGUGCUGAACCAGCUGCGUGCGGGGGAGCCCUCGGUCACCGCCACCCGCAGCGAGGUCCAGGAUGCUCUGUACCACUACUAUGAUGAUGUGGAGAAGUCGGUGAAUUACCUUAGAGGCAAGAAGAUCAAGGAACUUCAGAAGAAGCAGGCCGCUCCUCCUGUCGCUCCAAAGACGAAAGGGACAUCAGUGCCAGUAUAUCUCGCUCCUCCUAUCAUGUCUCCCUCCCCGGCGGCACACUUUUCGGCGGCAGACUUCUUCCGCGACGCUCCCUGGCUAAAUGUCCCAGCACACCGCAAGGGUGAGAUCCUUGUGGAGCCGCUUUACCCUCGACUGGGCCUUCUGGGCGGUGCGCCUGAGGGCGCGGGCGGAGGGAAAGUGUCGAAGCUGGCUGCGUUGGCUGCUGCUCGCAGGAAGAAAGAGGGCGAUAAGGCUGCGGCUACUGCUGCUGCUACCCCACCUGCGGCUGCGGAUACACCUGAUGCUGAGCAAGCCCCUUCGACGGCCCCCAUUGAGCCCAAAGGUGCUCCGUUGUCAUUACGCGAGAGGCUGGCGGCCAGUGGCAAGUCGCAGAAGCCGGCAUCAGAGGGGCUGCAAUCCCUGCGUUCCUUCGGCAAAGGAUCUCGUCAAGGUAGCUCCUUGUCGAGCAAGAAGCCUUCCCCGGAGCUGAAGCCACAAGAAAGUCCUAAGGAGGAGGAAACGGAGGCUACAUCUACGAGCCCAGAGUCGACGACACCUGUGAUUGGCAAGGGGACAGAGCAGGCUGCCGUGAACAUCCGCGCACCGCCGUCCACAUUUGCCAGCGCCAUUGUUGGGGUGUCGACCCGGCCGAAGAUGACCGAGCCCAGCCACUUAUCCGCAAACACUCUUGACCUGAUCAGAAUCUACGGACAGGAUCUCGCUGAACCUUUUGACUUUGCAGGCCCAAGCCCCGACGAUGUUGUCAUCAACGCACAAAGCUCUGCUAAAGGCUUCAAAUCGAAACAGCCUGCUUCCAAAUCGGCAGGUACCAAGAAAGCGCAGGCUGACCUGACGGGUGGGCUGAAUGACCUCAGCGUUGAGGAGAAGGUGAAUGUCAAGAGCAAGAAUCUAGAUGUUUUGUCAGAGUAUAGCAAAGCGGAACGGAAGAGAGCCAUGAAUUUCGCGGUUAUCGGCCAUGUUGAUGCGGGAAAGAGUACGUUGAUGGGCCGCUUGCUUGCUGAUUUGAAGGCGAUCGAUCAGCGUACGCUCGAUAAAUACAAGCGGGAGGCAGAGAAGAUUGGGAAAGGAUCGUUUGCUCUCGCCUGGGUCCUAGACCAAGGUGCGGAAGAGAGAGCCAGGGGUGUGACUAUCGACAUCGCCACCAACAAGUUCGAGACGGAGAAGACCGUGUUCACGAUUGUUGAUGCUCCCGGGCAUCGUGACUUUGUGCCCAACAUGAUCGCCGGUGCCAGUCAGGCUGACUUUGCCGUCCUUGUGAUCGACUCCAGUAUCGGCAAUUUCGAGUCCGGGUUGAAGGGACAGACCAAGGAGCAUGCUUUAUUGGUGCGGAGUAUGGGCGUGCAGAGGAUCAUCGUGGCUGUGAACAAGAUGGACUCUGUACAGUGGGACAAGGAGCGAUUCGACGAGAUUGAGCAGCAGGUCUCGUCUUUCCUGACGACUGCCGGCUUCCAGCCCAAGAACAUCAACUUUGUGCCUUGCUCUGGUAUCAGCGGCGAUAACGUCACUCGACGCAGCGAUGACCCGAACGUGUCGUGGUACCAAGGGCGCACCUUAGUUGAUGAGCUUGAGGCCACAGAGCCUUAUUCCCAUGCGGUUGACAAACCCCUUCGAAUGACGAUUGGCGAUGUGUUCCGUGGCAGCGUGCAGAAUCCAUUGUCGAUAUCUGGCCGCAUCGAUGCGGGUAGCUUACAAGUGGGCGAUCAGAUCUUGACCAUGCCCAGCGGGGAGACUGCCACCAUCCGGAGCUUGGAAGUCGAUGGAGAACCCAGUGACUGGGCCGUGGCGGGUCAGAACGUUGUCCUGAACCUGGCCAACAUUGAUCCCAUCCACCUUCGAUCGGGUGACGUGAUCUGCCGGGCGUCCGCGCCGAUCGCCAAUGUCACUUCCUUUACGUGCAAGGUGCUGGCCUUCGACCACCUGCUGCCUAGCAUGGUGGACAUCCACCGGGGUCGUCUGCAUGUACCGGGACGGAUCAGUCGGCUCGUGGCAACUCUGGAUAAACAAUCCGGCAACAUCCUCAAGAAGAAGCCCAAGAUCGUGGCGCCAGGCACAGUGGCGCGGAUUGUGGUGGAAAUGGACCAAGCGGUGCCUCUCGAAGCGCCUACGCGGAUUGUUCUUCGAGCCGGAGGCGAGACCGUGGCCGCUGGCUUGUUGGAGUAG